GCUGCCAUUCCGGCUGGCGGCGGCUGCUGCAGGAAGGACCGCUUCCUGCGCUCCCCGCCCCUUCCCUCGCCAGUGCUGACGCUGACGUAGGCGCAGGGAGCUAGAGGGACGCUCGGAUCUCCGCCGGGAGGCUCCUAGGAGCCGGGGCUCCGAGGUUUAAUAUAACAUAUCCUAUCAUGCUUUUUCUCUGCCCCUUCUCAACUCACCAACAGUAGAAAGAAGAAGGAAACAUGUCAGGACACAAGUGCAGCUAUUCCUGGGAGUUGCAGGACCGGUUUGCUCAAGAUAAGUCAGUUGUCAAUAAGAUGCAACAGAAAUAUUGGGAAACGAAGCAAGCCUUUAUCAAAGCCACAGGGAAGAAGGAGGAUGAGCAUGUUGUUGCCUCUGAUGCAGACCUGGAUGCCAAACUGGAGCUAUUUCACUCAAUUCAGAGAACCUGUUUGGACUUGUCUAAAGCAAUUGUGCUCUAUCAAAAGAGAAUAUGUUUCUUGUCUCAAGAAGAAAAUGAACUGGGAAAAUUUCUCCGAUCCCAAGGCUUCCAAGACAAAACCCGAGCAGGAAAAAUGAUGCAAGCCACAGGCAAGGCCCUCUGCUUCUCCUCCCAGCAAAGGUUGGCUUUGCGAAACCCUUUGUGUCGGUUUCACCAAGAAGUAGAGACUUUUAGACACCGCGCCAUCUCUGAUACCUGGCUGACAGUGAACCGCAUGGAGCAGUGCCGGACGGAAUACAGAGGGGCAUUACUGUGGAUGAAGGACGUGUCUCAGGAGCUGGAUCCAGACCUCUACAAGCAAAUGGAGAAGUUCCGCAAGGUACAGACACAAGUACGCCUUGCGAAGAAAAACUUUGACAAACUGAAGAUGGACGUGUGUCAAAAGGUGGAUCUUCUUGGAGCAAGCAGAUGUAAUCUCUUAUCUCACAUGCUAGCAACAUACCAGACCACACUGCUCCACUUUUGGGAGAAAACCUCUCACACCAUGGCGGCCAUCCAUGAGAGCUUCAAAGGCUAUCAACCAUAUGAAUUCACAACAUUAAAGAGCUUACAAGACCCUAUGAAAAAACUAGUUGAGAAAGAAGGGAAGAAGAAGAGCUCCCGGAGGGAAAGCCGGGAGGCUGCCGCACAGGAGCCAAGGCAAUUAAUUUCUUUGGAGGAUGAGAACCAGCACAAAGAAUCCUCUACUUAUAAGACUAAAGAUGGGGAAAGUACUCUGUCUUCUCUAGACACAAGUUCUGCACAGGAUGCAUGCUCAGGACCCAUAGAUGAACUAUUAGACAUGAAACCUGAGGAAGCUUGCCUGGGUCCCAUGGCUGGGACCCCAGAAGUUGAAGCUGGGGACAAGGAUGACCUCCUUCUGUUGAAUGAGAUCUUCAGCACAUCCAGCCUGGAUGAAGGGGAGUUCAGCAGAGAGUGGGCCGCAGUGUUUGGAGAUGACCGGCUGAAGGAGCCAGCCCCCAUGGGGGCCCAGGGAGAGCCAGACCCCAAGUCUCAGAUAGCUGCUGGGUUCCUUCCUUCACAGCUUUUAGACCAAAAUAUGAAAGACCUACAGGCCUCUCUCCAAGAGCCUGCGAAGGCUGCCUCUGAUCUGACUGCCUGGUUCAGCCUGUUUGCCGACCUGGACCCCUUAUCAAAUCCUGACGCUAUUGGGAAAACCGAUAAAGAACACGAGUUGCUCAAUGCAUGAGUCUGCAACCUUCAACAGGGAGCCCGCAGGGCCACUCUGCAGCCCCUCACCCAGGGCUUGCAGAAGUCUAAUGUGCUGAGUACGCUGUUUUACUAUUUACGUGCCAUUUUAAUAAAAUAAAAGGGUCACAGCCCCGUUUCUAUCGCUAUAGUUAUUUCCUCUUAU